CAGCAGUCAUGUUGCGUUGCGGCGCUGUUAGUGUAGUUGAGUUGUGCGGGCAGGUCGGGAUCCCUGACAGAUGAAUUGUUGAAAACAGGGGGAAAAAGGGAAACGGGCUAUUUCUCCCCGUGCAAUAAAACCAUGUUUCCAAAAGGCAAAAGCUCCGUCGUGCCAUCGGACGGCCAGGCUCGGGAAAAGCUGGCCCUAUAUGUUUACGAGUACUUGCUACACAUCGGCGCACAGAAGUCAGCUCAGACCUUUCUGUCGGAGAUUCGAUGGGAAAAGAACAUCACUCUGGGAGAUCCUCCAGGGUUCCUGCAUUCGUGGUGGUGUGUGUUCUGGGAUCUGUACUGUGCGGCUCCAGAGAGGAGGGACUCCUGUGAACAUUCGAGCGAGGCCAAGGCCUUCCAUGACUACAGUGCUGCAGCAGCCCCCAGUCCGGUGCUGGGAAACAUGCCCCCCGGUGAGGGCAUGCCAGGUGGUCCGAUGCCUCCCGGAUUCUUCCAGGGCCCUCCCGGCUCGCAGUCCUCUCCUCAUGCUCAGCCUCCUAACAGCAUGAUGGGACCUCACGGCCAGCCUUUCAUGUCACCGCGUUUCGGUGGAGGACCAAGACCCCCAAUCAGAAUGGGCAACCAGCCGCCAGGGGGCGUUCCUGCAGCACAGCCCAUGCUCCCCAACAUGGACCCCAGACUACAGGGGCCAAUGCAGAGGAUGAGUGUUCCUAGAGGGAUGGGGCCGAUGGGCCCUGGACCCCAGAAUUUCGGAGGAGGGAUGAGACCCCCACACAAUUCGAUGGGUCCAGGCAUGCCAGGAGUCGCUAUGGGUCCUGGGAACGGCAGGCCACCGUGGCCUAAUCCCAACACUAACAACAUGCCAUAUUCCUCACCCUCUCCUGGCGCCUAUGGGGGACCGCAAGGAGGCGGACCCCCAGGCACUCCUGGAAUCGUCCCAAGCCCUGCAGACUCCAACAACUCGAGUGAAAACCUGUACACCAUGAUGAACUCAGGAGGAGGCGGCCGAACUACUUUCCCCAUAGGCCCAGGCUCAGAGGGCCCCCUAGGGGCCAUGGCCGGAAUGGACCCAAUGCAUAUGAAUGGAGGUUCUGGAGACUUGGACGGACUUCCAAAGAAUUCCCCCAACAACAUGAGCAACAUGAGCAACAACAUGGGCACCCCCAGAGAUGACGAUGCUGGAGGCAGCUACCUACACUCCUUCCAGAAUGAGAAUCAAUACUCUCCCUCCAUGACCAUGAGCGUGUGAGAUGUGGUUGUGUGCCCUGGGGAAACACUCACAGUUGGCCAUCCAUUACAGAGAGACACGGAGAAACAUGUACAGGAUCCUCGAGGCCGCGUGCAACUGCCUCUGCUUUCGCCAGUGGUCUCCUGCAAUAUCACUGAUUUUUGAUUAUCACUUUUUCUUAUAAACAAAACAUCCGCUCCCGUCCCCCACCCCCCCUCUGAGAUCAGACAGAAACCUGACACGAACCUCCUGGAACAGUUCUUUUUUCUCUCUCUCUUUUUUUUCCCUUUUCCCCUCCAAGGCCAACUUUGUAAAAGAAAGAGCUUAUUAUGGUUCUGACACGAUCGCUGGAUGUUGUAGACGCAAAAAAUUUUAAAAAAAGGAAAAAAAAAACCAGAAGAAGCAGCAUCGUUCACUUUUCUUCAGCCAGUCUGCCAUCCUCAGCAUGGUUUACGUGUUCCCGUAACGUCCUCACGAUCCUUUCGACACUGAACUCUCAUACGUGGCCUUGAUCUCGCCGUGCGUUUUUAUUGCCUUUUAGUCUUUUUUGUUCUUUUUUUUCCCAAGCAAAACACGUCAGAUGAUGAGAAUAAUAUGGCCUUUCUGAAGAGGAAGGCUCACAGUUGUAGUUUAAUUCUUUACACUCUGUUGUAGUUUUUAUUAUUAUUAUUAUUAUUGUUAUUAUUUUGUUUUUGUUUUUUUUGGGCAAGUAUUAUAAGCAGCUGCUUUCAAGAAAUAACUGACUUUGAGCUCCCACACUGAGGAAGAAAGCAGUCCUUUGUUUUUUCCCUGCACUGAUUCCAUUUUCAUUGCUCUUGAACUGCUGUCUCAAACCCUUUUCUCUGAAACUCUGAAUAAUUCAUCGGUCCAAUCAGAGCUGGACGAGAAGAACUACCUACGAGUGACGGACUCUGAGAAACCUCCAAACACUCGCCUCUUUGUCUCUCCCACUGAUGUGUUUGGCCAUUUGUAGCAUCGAUUACUUGUUAUGCUGAAUUUGUGAUGGUAUCCAGUUCCCAUAUCACCUUGUUUAUUUUUCUGUUUUUUAAUCACUACCAUGUGCCUCAAUUGUUUCAUUUUGAUAAUGCUCUGAUUUUAUUGAUAAUGGUUUCCAAAAGGCCUGUCAUUCAAAGUUGUAGCUUUCACCCCAAAGGAAGGAGCUGGUGUGAAACAGACCCAGUAGUGAGUGUUCAGAUUUGCUUUGUGUUAGGCUUCGCUGGAGGGGCGCCAGACUCACUCAUAUUACAGGUAGAAUCGUAAGUUAUUCUAUUUAUACAGACCUUUGGUAAUGGUUCUACAUUUAGAAGUUGUUUUACACUGCUUUUGUUAGCUUGUACAUCAUACUUUGGGCAAAAAUGCUUGUUUAUAUAUUGACAACUAAAUUAUUUGGCUCCUUUC